AUGCCACCUCAGCGUCGAUCAUGGGUCGGAUGUGCAAGGUGCAAAAGUUUCAAGAAGAAGUGCAGUGAGGAGAGACCUGUCUGUCAGAGAUGUCAGAGUGCUGGGGCCAAAUGCGAGUAUGGGGUCACGUUGCGCUGGGGAGGGAGGCCCUUCAAUCGCUCGCCUUUCGGAGAUUGUUUGUCGCAGAAUGACGGCAACGUUCAAAGACUAGAUUUAAACAAGAAAAACUUCAUUUAUGUUUCCCCUUCCACUCCCAAAACAGCUCCAGCAACGGUCACAUCACCCAUCCUGGAUAGCGCCCCAAAUUAUACAAAAUGGACAGCAAGUUCUCCAGCCGCUUCAGAAGCAGAGUCCCUUGACUAUUCACAGCUGGUCCUGAGCCAACGACAAACGUCAAUACCCCUAACUCCCUCCGUUGAGUAUUUCGGUCAUCUAUCUCCUCUGCACAGAUCAGGUCUCCAGUACUUCACCGAAAGAACAGUCCGAGCUCUCGCGCCUCAUCCUCAGAUCUUUGAUGAACUAUGCGAACUCAUCUUACCGAUGGCAGUCUUUAAUGAACCUUUGUUGCAAGGCAUUGUUGCGCUCGCAGCUACUCACCGAUUGGCCAGUUGCAAAACAAACGAAGAGCAAACCUCACAGGCCCUCAUUGUCGCUGGCUUUCAGGCCUUGAGCUCGAGAUCACUCUGUCAGAUGCUUUCUGCAUAUGCGGAAGACCAACAACUCAUACCGCUUCUGGCCACGGCGAGAGCCUUGUUUGUCUGUGAAGUGUUCGCCAGUGAGCCUAGUGCAGAUCGAUGGAGUGUGCAUUUUCGAGGAGCGCGUGGGCUGAUCUCCAGAAUACAAGACAAAGGUCUCCUGCAGAACCCGACAGACGAGUUGCGUUUCCUAUUACGGUGGUACGACAUGACAGAAUCCCUGGUCUGCCAUUCUAUGAGCGAUCUUGCUCCUCGACAGUCUGCUAUUCCCACACCGACGACACUCCCAUCAAGAUUCAAUGAUGAACCUAUAUAUAUCGACAUGUACCUCGCACGUACGAAAGACUUGUUAGGGGUCUUCAAAGAGAUUGCGCGUUUGUAUCACAUCAACAACACUGAAGCGACUCCCGACAUUUCAUCACAAAGCGGACAAGACGAUACCGAGGUCUGGUGGCUCCUAAGCUAUCUGCAGAGCAUCAUCGACAGAGACCAAGCAGAUCCCCCUCCUGUCAUGUCAAUACGCGACCGAGUCCUCUCCGUCGCCGAAAUCCACGAGUACAGACUAUCAAAUCAGAUUUGGCAACUUACCGGACUUCUCCUCAUUCAUCGACGUUUGCGUCGCGAGCCCAGGACCUCGACGCUUGUUCAAGACCUCGUCCAACGUAUUCUUGAGAGUGCAGAACGCAUGACGCUGCGCGACGGUCUCACCCCCGUCACACUAUUGACGCCUCCCUUGUUCUUUGCGGGAUGCGAUGCCCUUGGUCCCGACAGGCCGAGAAUAAAGACUUCGCUGCAGGGUGUAUCGACCGCCUUGGGCCUAUUGAAUACGCAAAGGGCGUUAGAGAUCUUGGAAGAGUACUGGGAAGCGGAUCCAGGCGUUGAUGAUGAUUUGGCCGAUAGAUCAUGGCCCAAGAUCAGUCAAUUUCUGCCAUAUUGA